AUGGCCGCGGCGACCAGUAACACUACUUCUCCAAAGUCUGACCUCACGGAUGAAGCAUUUGUCCACGUCUCUGCUGAACGGGUGAGCUCGGAGAAGCAAAAUGACGAAGAGUUGGACGCCAAGAACGAGCUCAUCAACGAUGAAUUAACCGACUUGGUCGCCGAGAAGAGUGCAUUGCGCAAGUUUGAUUGGAUUCUGCUUCCGCAGAUCAUGAUGAUUGCGAUCAUGGCGGCCCUCGACCGCAUCAACAUUGGGAAUGCCAGGGUGAUGGGAUUUGAAGAGGCGAUUGGUCUCACUGGCUCGCAGUUCAACGAUAUCGCCAUGGUUUUCUCGCCCACAUACAUCCUCUUUGAGAUUCCUUGGGUUGUUGCUGUGCCGUACUUUGGCAUCCAUCGGGUCCUGGCCGUCGCCGGGCUCGGCUGGGGUGUGGUCACUCUUGGGACGGGUUUCAUCCACAACUACGGCCAGGCAAUCGCGACUCGUGUGCUGUUGGGGAUAUUUGAGGCGGCCUUGGUCCCCUGCUUGGUCUUCAUCAUUUCCCUCAUCUGGCCACGUGAGUCUCAGGCCAAGCGAGUCGGGUUCAUUUACAUCGCGUCAUCCAUAUCGGGCGGCUUUGGUGGUCUCAUCGCCUACGCGAUCCAGAUCUCGGGCACGAGGCACGGCUUAGAACCCUGGAGGUGGCUUUUUAUUGUCGAAGGGGUCGUUUCUACCGGUCUCGCCAUGAUCUGCUGGAUCGCCCUGCCCAAAUCUGCUGAAGACGCCUGGUUCCUGACCGAGCGCGAAAAAUCCGCCAUGAUGGCCAAGAAGCAGCGCGAAAUCGUCUACAAGGGCGAGGCCCUGUUCACCUGGGCUAAUUUCAAAGCGGCCUGCCUCGAGCCCCUCGUCUGGCUGGCCGGCGUCACCCUCUUCUCCAACUCUUGCGCCGUCACGGGUUAUGCCGUCUUUCUGCCCACCAUAUUGGCCGGUAUGGGUUACACCUCCGUUCAGGCUAACUACCUGACCAUUCCGAUCUACGCCUUUACCGGUAUCAUGGUUAUGUCCUCUGCCUACACCUCCGACCGGCUCCAGCGUCGCGGUAUCAUCCUCGCCAUGCUUCCGCUCCUCCCCAUCGUUGGUUAUUCCAUUGCUAUUGGCACUUCCAACAGAGCGGCCGGUUAUUUUGGCAUGUAUCUAUGCGCAGCUGGCUUAAUCUCUUUCACGUGCAUAUUCUUAACUUGGCUUUCCAACAACAUUGCCCCAGAUUCCAAACGGUCGGUCGCUCUUCCCACGCUUGUUUCCAUAGCCAACCUCUCCGGCAUUUGCUCGCCGUAUAUCUACCAGAGAGAUGAUGCGCCACGCUUCGUCCGGGGCAACUCGAUCAGUUUGUCAUUUGCUGUCAUGGUUGUGAUCCUCGUGGUGAGCAUGUAUUUUCUUCUCCUCAAGAGAAACAAGGAGAAGAAAAGAUUGCUCAGCGAGGGCGUGACCGACAAUGGCCUAACGGGCGAUCGCGCCCUCAACUUUGAAUAUAAAUUGUAA